UUUACACCCGUCCGUCUGUAAUGCAAUAGGAACGACGGUUUACUCUGGAUACGUUGUAUUUACACUCAGCCUGCAGGGUUUAGUUUGGCACCAGACGGGUUAAAAUGAGUGACACGGAGGAAGAUAAUGAGAUCUCCUUUCCAGUAAAGUUUCUUGGCCGGGUUGAGGUGGUCCGCUCUGAUGGACUAGAGAUCCUGUCUGAGGCUGCUCAGAGCCUAAAGACUCCAGAUCAAUUCUCCUCAGAGAAGGCAGCGAGGAAGAGCAAGGUCCAUCUCUUCCUUUCGCUCAGUGGGAUUGACAUAUUGGAAAACAAAACCAAGUUUCUGCUGUACUCGUGUCCUCUGUCCACUAUUUCCUUCUGUGCCGUCCUACCAUCUUCGCCCAAAGUGUUUGGAUUUGUGGCUCGACACCCUGCAGCAGACACCAACCACUGCUACCUGUUCCAGAGCCAGGCGUUUUCUCACGUGCUGGUCUCAGUCAUUGGGGAUGCAUUCAGAGCCUCAAAAAAGGAGGAGAGCAUCAGGGGAGGGAGAGACCUGAUAGUGGAGGCCCUCAGACAUAAGAAUAAAGUGCUGCAAAGAGAGAAUGAGGAGCUGAAGAAGAGGCUUGCAGGACAGACUAACUGAUGCUGCACUUCCAGCAAUUGAGAUACAUUCUAAUUAACCUGUUACUCAUGAACAAACUUCAAAUAUUAAAAAAUAAACUCCAAUGUUUUGUUAUUAUUACCAUGUAAAGUAUAUGUAUUACCAUAGACUGUAUAUAUAAAGUGUAUUACCAAUGUUCCUAAACUAGGUGUUGUGGCGUUACGCGCAUCCACACCAGUAGAGGGCAGCAGUAAGCAGACAGGAACUUGGCGGGUGCGUUCAACGCUACCCUUUCAGUGUCGGGAAAAUUAAACCUCGUUCUUGUGCCUUUAUAAAGAAUUUAAGAAAAUACUACAGAGUAAAUAAACAUGUGAAAUUAUGGCGGAAUUAUGAUGUGUGGCUUGUGCUCACUCGUAAGAACUGACAAUAAA